AUGCAUUUCACAGCUACGGUUUUCGUCAAUACCGUGUGCAUUUUCGCUGCACUGGGACACGUCGAGCCGACGGCGAUUAUUACGAGAGAUGUGCGAGAAACGGAAAUGUUUUACUACGAAAUCCGCCCGGAACUCUUUAACUGGACGAACGGAGCGGAUACCGGGUUUGUGUUCACGCCGUCCUUACAAAAUUACCCAGACUUGCUGCAUUGGAUACAUUACAAAUUCAACAGUAAAAAUAGACACGGAUACUUGUACGGAACACCGCCUGCGGACUCGUUGGACAGACAAAUCCUAUUGGAUAUUAUUGGACUAAACAAAAAAACAUACCAGGUUGAGACACGAGUUAUGCAAUUAAACAUUUUUGAAAAAUCUGAAUAUGCAACUAAUGAAGUAAGAUUUAAAAUUAAUAACUUGAAUGUGGAAGACAUGUUUCAUGAAGAACGCAUACAAUACUUGCUGGAUAUAUUUAGACAAAAUUUAUGGUUGGGUAGUAAACCAAAUUUGUAUGUUACAUUUCUAGCAUCUGCUAGUGAUUUAGGACAACGUUUACCACUAGACCCAAAUGAUACAGAGGGUGUUAUUGUCAAUUUAGGAAGCUCAUCAAAUUUUUCAACAAUAUUAUAUGAUCUCGAGAAAGAAAUUAGUCCAUUGCAAAAAAUGAAUAAAUGUCCAAAGGAUUUCAAAAGAACUAGUGUUGAAAGAUAUUUUCGAGCUAAUGGUUUCAAUUUGGACUGGUGCAGUUUCAAACUUGUAGAGUUGACGAUCAUAAACCAGAACAAUCACACUAUGAAUGUUCAAGACAAAAUAUCUAUCACAAAACAUACAGAAGAAAAUGUUUGGGAAUUAAUGGAAUCUCUGCGAUACAGUCAGUCCAUGGAUGGAGAUACUUCAAAAUUAAGCGUUACAUUACUUAUUUUUAUGAUUUUUGUAAUUGGGAUAAUCUUAAGUAUUGGUGUAUUUAGAUGGCAUAAAAAAAAAAAGUUAUUUUUUUGA